CUGUGGUCAACAACCUCGUCCCCAGGGCGCUUUUCUCUGGCUUUGGAGGUGGGGCGUCCCACCUCCAAAGCCAGGGAAAAGCGCGCUGGGGACGAGGUUGCGUGGUCAAAUCCUAUUCAAUCUCGCUCGUAGCCAAGACAUUCAAUAACAGAAUUUCUCAUAUGUCCGCACUGCACCGUGGUUACUGUACGUUAGCAGUGCGUCAUAAAAAUGUUUGAAUCCUGCGUUUUUCAAGGUCUCCAUCGAUCAUCUACAGUAGAACCCCCAUGUGCGACCACCUCCCGCAGCACGGAACUACACAUGGCGUAACUUAGACAUUGCAUGCAUUAAAUAUCUUCCAUAAAGUCAGUAGAUGUGUCUGGACCUCUUCUUGGAUGAGGCCCCAUGUGCCUCGAUUCUUGUAAGCGACUACCUCCCGCAAGCGACCACUUAGUCUGUUCGACUGUAUUUGAUAACGUUGAGUCUGGAAAACAAACUGUUGGUUUGGAAUUAUGUCUGGUAAAGUCUUGAAUUUGUACAGAGAGCUUUACCGUAAUUAGAACCAACCUGGGGAAGCAAAUCCCCACCCCCUCGAAAAUUGCCUUCUCUUGGACCUUCUCUCCCCUCGGAAUUCCCGUUUCCCUCCGUGGAGGGGGGUGAGGAUACGGAUAUUUUCUGGAACUACACAUUACAGUUUUUUCGGUGAUUAUUCUAGGCACCGCAUUACAACUUAAAAAAUUUGGCCAAACAUUGUCAAGCUUUAGUUCACGUCCACUUUUGCCAUCCUUUGCAGUAGAAGACAGGAACAGUUUCAGUGCCUGAAUACAGCCUUGAAUAACAAAAACUGGACCAUUAAUCUUCGAAUUAAAUUGAGCGAGGAUACUUUUUAACAUUCGAAAAACACAGCAAAGAAAAUCUUGAACAUGAUACAGUUACUUACUCAACAACAACAACAACAAACAAAUUUUAUUGAAAAUUGGAAAAUAACUAAUUACAUUACUUUCCCACCCGCAAAUAGCUUAUGAACUAAUCGAGGCGGGGGGAGCUGAAGACAUAUUACAAAACAAGAUUUAUAUAUAGAUGGACUAAAUAACAGUGAAGACACUACAAUACAGUAAAUAGAAUUUAAACUAACAUAAAACAAGGCAUGUACAUAACGAUUACUCAGGCAUAAUGUGACACACGAAACAAGAUAACAAAACAAAUAGAAAAAAGCAGAAGGAACACUUAAACAUCAGAAAUUUACGAAAUGUUACGCGGAGCACUUAAACACGCGGCCGUCCAUCUUAACCACAUCACGUGAUCUCUCAGGGACGAUAUAACAGAAAAAAAUCUAUUCACUCUUGUCCUCGUAAGGUUCAAUCAACAUAUGAUUAAGUUAUAAAUGUCCUUUUUUAGCGUGCCAAAUCCAGGCCAUCGGUCUGGCCAGCAGUGACGCUAUCCCAGACAACAGCUUCUCUGCCAAGACUCAUCGUUCUGGUAAUGAAGCUUCCAAAGGUCGUCUAAACGGAGAUGGCGCCUGGUCACCUAGCGAAAAUAAUGAUGCUGACGACUACUUACAAAUUGACCUGAAAGACCAGUUCUUUGUCUGCGCUGUAGCCACUCAAGGAAGUUCAAGUCACGAUCACUGGACAACAAAGUACAAAUUACUUUAUUCGCUGGACAACUCAACUUGGAUUACUUAUCAAGAAAACGACAUUGACAAGGUAUGUUUGGACACAAGAAAAGUGGCAACGCAAUUAGAGUUGCUUUAAGCCUCAAAGCGAGGCUAAGUGGGAAAUUAUUGAUAUGAAAAUUAUUAUCUUAAGAAAACUCAUCACCUCAAGAAAGUUUUGGGUAGUUUAGCGCGUAGAGGGAAUUUUUGGAACUCGGACGUUCAACUGAAAGUGAUAUACAAUAGUUGACAUAACAGCUGCCCCCGCUCUGUAUAGUGUCGGUCAAUAGUACUCUCGGUCGUUCAUAGGCGACCCAAGCGCGGUGCAUAAAUUAGCGAUUUAAAGACUUUGUAUGAGAAAUCCAAUGUAGUUGUUAAAACGUAGGAAUAUAGGCAUAAAUAUAGAAAUAAAUUUUACUUACGUAAACUUGGGCCUGUUGUUGUUUUUUCUGUGCAACCUGGGCUCAAUUCAUGGCCAUUUUAUAGGGUCUUUCUGCUCGUUUUUUGUUCGGUGUUGAUUUCUUACACAAAGCCAAGCAAGGCAGGUUACUGCGUGUAGUCUCCACUCACAAAUCUCUCCCGCAUCAAAAACGCGUACCGAUUCAGCAUGAAGGCGCCAAAUCCUUAAGGCCAGGUGAGGAGUUUCUUAUUUCUUCCCCUCGUAAUGGGUAAAGGCCACUUGCACUAAGAGAUCACGUGACCAAUGCUUCCUUUAAACAAUGACUUAGCAUCCUAUUAAUUACAAAAAUUGACUGAGGGUCUAAAAAUUAUCGUACACCCGAAAUUUGAGACGAAAUGCAUUUAAGGGAGAUAUUUUAUGGCACUUUGAUUUUUUAACAAAGAAGUCUGAUUUGUAUUGGCUUUAAUGCCCUCCGACAUGGCGGCCAUAACUACUUUUUGUUUGUAUCUUGUUAAACUUUUUAUAGUUACGCUCAGAUUUGCUGUAAACGUUACCACAUCAUCUUUUUAACACACCUUGAAGUUUAAGUGCAAAAUUUCUGUUCAGAAAGAGGUAAUUCAAAGUUUUAAAAUCACAUUUUUGUCACGUGACCAGCUACGAACUUACUCAUUUCAAGAAAAUGGUGCGGGUUUGAAAAACCAAAUAACUUAUUAUUUUGUUUGAGAUAUGACCCACUAAUCGUUUUUUGAAAGGAAAAUCGUAUAUCUUUCAUUUUCAUAAAAAAUGAUGUCUCAUGACCUUUUAGUGCAAAUGGCCUACUGCGAUUUGAGUUUUUGUAGGAAAAUUGUUUGGUUCUGAGCAAUCUGACGUGCGCUUAGGAACCUCGAUGACUACGUGUUACGUGGUGAACACGAACAUUUUAUAUACCCUCAUCCAAUUGGAUAAUUCCAAACACCGCUCACGCGCAAUCAUUGGACUAUCUGAGGGUAGGAAGAUCCAUGUUUUGUCAUUCGAUAGUGAUUACCCGAUCACCACGCAACGCGCAGUCAUCAAGGUUCCUGAGCGCACGUCAGAUUGCCCAGACCCGAAAAACUUCCAAAAAUUUUUCGCACAAAAAUAACAGAUCGCAAUACCCAGGUCGAGAGGAAAAGAUAAGAGACUCUCCUGGUUGUAAGGAUUUGGCGCUUUCAGGGUGAAUCAGUACGCGGUUCUUUGAUGCGAGGGAGAUUUGUGAGUUGAGACUGCACACAGUAACCUACCUUGCUUCACUUUAUGUAUUGGGAAACAACACCGAACAAUAAACAAGCCGCAAAACCUUACAAGAUUGCCAUGAAUUGAGCCCAGGUUACACAGAAAAAGCGACGACAGACCCAAGUUUACGUAAGAAAAAUUUAUUUCUAUAUUUACGCCUUUAUUUCUACGGUUUAACAACUAUAUUGAAUUUCUCAAACAAAUUCGUUAAAUCGUUCAUAAUAUGCAAAACAGUAUCGAAACUCGCAGUAAUUAAUGCACCGACCUUGGGCCGCCUGUGACUGAUUCUGUUCGAUUUAUACAGCUUUGGUCAAAACAUUCUCAGUUUCGAGGAUAGUUUAUUCUAAACCAUAAGAAAAUAUUUUAUUAUAAGUUGGAAUCUUUUGCUAUUUCUCUUUCACUUUUUACAUACAGUUCAUUUUAUUUGCCGCAAAAUAAGCCUUAGAAAUUCAAAGGCUUGAUCAAAUCACACUCGCGCGUUCAUCUUUGAGCAGGGAGUAAGUCAGCACAAAAUUUGAUUUUCGGCGAAUAUUUCGUCGUCCAUUGUCUGCUAGUUGUGGGCUAUAAGCCGUUAAAUCACUCGUCUUGCUUGUUUGUGGACUGAGACUUAUUCCCCCAAAAAGAGAGAAAAAGUGUCUGGCAAGCUGUUUCCAAUCAAAGAUUUGUGAAUUCGUGCCUGGCAAACUCUCCCAGUGUUUAUAUAUGCGCAGUCAUACGCUCCUGAUAACUUCAUACGCGCUUAACGAGUAUCUUUUGGUCCAUAACUUUUAAAACAGCCGCUCCGCAGAAUGUCACUGAUAACACGUAUUUGUAAAAUCCAGCUAGUGGUAUAUUAUCAAUGCUGAAUUCUGAUUGGUUGACCUACUACUAGGCUAUAUUUUAUAGCCCCCUAGUAGCGAAAAGCGCGGGCUUUUUGGCGGCAAAAAAUGGAUUUAAGUCUAGCUUUAACUAGCUAAAAAUUUUUUAUUCUCGUUAUUUUUGACCAACUAGUUAGAUUUUACUAAUUAACAAUUAUUCCUCGGCCUCAUAGGCUAUUGACUCAGAGCCCAUUCGGGCUCGAGGAAUAAUUGUUAAUUAUAACGCAAAAGAGUAUCGAAGUAUGACUGUAUAAUAAAUGUCACAAAAUCUACCCAAGCGGUCCGUUGAAGAUUUUCUUUUUUACGUCAUCCUAACCUUCUCUUACUUGCGGGAGCGAACAAUAGAAACGUCGUCAUUCCCCAACGAUUCCAUGCAGCCCCUGUCAAUAAUAACAAUGAUACUAAUAAUAAUAAUAAUAGUAAUUUACUACUUAUAUUAUGCCUCUUAACAUACAAUGAUCAAAGGCGCAUUAAAUCAUGAAUUCUAAAAAUCCUUUGAAAUUUUUAAAGAAAAUAAGAUAAAAAAUACUAAGAAUUAAAAGCUAGUUUUAAAAGGUAUGUUUUGAGUAAGGAUUUUAAAAAUAAACUGUUGACCUGUUUUUGAUUUCCUUAACGAGAUGCCUCCGAAAGAUGUCAACAUCUUCCCACGAGGGAAAUCUAGUAGUAAUCCUUUAUUUAGUCGCAGCUGAAAGGCAAAUUGAUUUCUUACAGAAUUUAAGGUGGCUCGAUAUAGUUUUUCAAAGUCAAUACCUCCCAAGUUUGAGCGUACACUACGUCGCCAUAAACAAAGAUUUGGAAAAAUUGACAACACAGUUGUAUUAGAUAAAGAUGAAAAUUUGUUAUGAUCAGGGUUGCAAUGACAUCAGAGUUGUCAUAGCAACGAAAUGACGCCAUUACCUAUUUUACUUGUAGCAGUAUUUCUCGGCACUGGGAACUGUUCUUCCAAAAUCGUUUACUGGAGCUUUUUCCUACAGUAGCCGCCUCGAUGUUUGUGAAGUUUAAGCGAAAUCUGUAAGAGCGUUAUCGAGAUACUUUGAGAAGAAGUUUUUAUGGUUAGAAAUACGGUAAAAAAUGGACAAUCUUGAUGUUCGACUGUUAUCUGUACUAAACGAAGCACUUUUGACAUGCAAUUUCACCCCAUAGUAGUUUCAAUCUUUUUAAAAACGUGUGUGAAAGAUCAUGGAGAUACCUCCAGCCGAUUGCUAGAAAGAUAGCCUCCCCGCAGACGUCCUUUGUGGUUCGUUUGUCACGCAUUCAUUUCUCCCCCACGGACGUCUGCUAAACAGAGCAGACUUUUACGUUCUGGAUUGUUUGAAUAAGCCAAUAAGCGGUUAGUUAUUGUGUCACGAUCAGUCAAUCACUUGCCGUGAUAUAAGUGAUGUCUCUGGUAUUCUCAAAUGAAUUAUUUAUUUGCACGGCUAUCUUCUACAUGAGACGACUCAAACGUUUUGAAGAAAUCACAGAAACGAUGCAAUAAAGCUGCAGUCAGCUGUAUAUUUUUUUCGGAAGUUGUGACUAUAAAAUAAUCUGCUUUUCUUUGAAAGGCUUCAGACAACAGUCUCCCACACGAGCGCGGAGCGGUUUUCAGCGCGGUCGAAAACAAUAAUUACUAUUAACUCUGUAUAUAUUCCAAGUAUUAAGAAAAGAGAGCUUGUAAACGUGUACAGGGAAGAUAUUCAACGCAUUCUUCGAAAACAAAGGCCGUUUCCUUUUUUGCGAAAUGUAAUUCCACCAAGGUCAUGGGUCGCGAACCAAGGACCAGUACGCAAAAUUUGGUUAUAUUUUUUCAAGAGUCGGUAAAACAAAAAUUCGAAGUCUACAGCAAUGUGCUUCCAACGGCAGAAAAACGUUUAUCUGAAAACUUGUUCUGCAAAAAGGCACGUCCUCCCAUUGCGUUUUAUUUAUUCACAAGCUAAGUAAACAUGACCACGGUGCCGCCGAGUCCAAACUUCAAGCUAGAACGACAAAUUAACCUACCUGUCAACAAACUUUAAUCUCGCUCCUUCAAAGAAAGAAAGAAUGUUUAUAAUCAAUAAAUCAUUGAACCUUUCAUUGUUCAUUGUAUUUUAUUUCCCGACGAAAUAUUUAAUCAUGCUCGGGAAAGUCGCCGACCAAGGAUCACAUACUAACUGUACAAGUCACUCGCUAACAUUUCCUCCACCGAUCGAUCUUCAACCAAGCUUCUGGGCUUCCGUAAAGAACAGAGAAAGUCCCUCUAUCGACAACCCUCAUAUUCUCUUUUCUAAUAUCACUGAGCGUUACAGCAGGAAUACCAAUAUUUUCCUGCUUUGUAGAUUGAUCUUUCAAGAUUUACCAGGGGAGAAACAACAUCAACAGUAAUGUCCAGUAGUUCCACGCAAUAUUUCGCAAACAAGCAGCAAAGCUUGAGAGAUAAGGGAUUUGCUAAAUCCCGUCGGCAAAUUUAUAAACUCAUCGGUCUUCGCUAUAAAAUUUGCAGGAUAGCUUCUCUCUGAUACUUGUUUAACUCUCUAUUAAUUACAAAUUUCUCGCAAACUCGAUCAAAAGCCUCACUGAUCGUGCGAAUCUUAAGAAGCGGCUCGGUUACGUUUUACAAAAAUCCGUAAACGGCCUGUGAUUGGUGAACGAAAAUGUCGGCUGUGUUUAGCAGACGUCCGUGGGGGAGAAAUGAAUGCGUGACAAACGAACCCCAAAGGACCUCUGCGGGGAGGCUACUAGAAAGAAGGAUUUGAUUAGUAUGUAUCAAGGCGCUCUUUUUAGCAGCAAUGUAAACAUUUCGGUCUACUUUAACAAAUUAGCGAAUAAUUUUUAAACCGCUCGAUAAUUUUUUUAGAAAAUGUAAGAAUCUUCAGAUUAACCGUCCUUUUAUAUGACCUCUUAGUUUCAAGAUUAUUGAUGUAUUGUAAGGCAGUAAAAAAAGGGCUUGAAUUCGCUAAUAUUUUGUCAAGAGUUUUGUGUUUACAAGUGAUAGCGUCUCAUUAUUCAGGGGUAUUGUCUCCAAAAUUCAUAUUUUCGUGCACAACAAUAGCUAGCAUUUUUGCAUACGGUAUGUCAAAUACAUUGUUAGAUACUGCUGUUCACGUGAAAAUGAAACCUUGAGACAAUACCCCUGAAUAAUCAGAGACUCUCACUUGUGAAAGCAAAAUUUCUGACAAAAUAUUAGUGAAUUGUAGCCCUUAUUUUACUACCUUACAUUAUAUCAAUAAUCUUGAAACUAAGAGGGCAUAUAAAAGAACGGUUUAUUUCAAGACUCUUAAAUUUUUUAAAAAAUUUAUUGAGCGGUUUAAAAAUUAUUCGCUAAUUUGUUAAAGUAGACCGAAAUGUUUACAUUACCGCUGAUAAGAGCGCUUUGAUACAUAAUAAUCAAAUCCUUCUUUCUUGCAAUCGGCUGGAGGUAUCUCCACGAUCUUUCACACACGUUUUUAAAAAGAUUGAAACUACUAUAAGGUGAAAUUGCAUGUCAAAAGCGCUUCGUUUGGUACAGAUAACAGUCGAACAUCAAGAUUGUCCAUUCCUUUUACCGUAUUUCUAACCAUAAAAACUUCUUCCCAAAAUAUCUCGAUAACGCUCUUACAGAUUUCGCUUAAACUUCACAAACAUCGAGGCGGCUAUUGUAGGAAAAAGCUCCAGUAAACGAUUUUGGAAGAACAGUUCCCAGUGCCGAGAAAUACUGCUACAAGUAAAAUAGGUAAUGGCGUCAUUUCGUUGCCAUGACAACUACGAUGCCAUUACAACCCUGAUCAUAAGAAAGUUUCAUCUUUAUCUAAUACAACUGUGUUGUUAAUUUUUCCAAAUCUUUGUUUAUGGCGACGUAGUUUACGCUCAAACGUGGCAGGUAUUCACUCUAAAAAACUGUAUCGAGCCACCUUAAAUUACUGAUAUACCUGGGUGACCUGUCUGAUCAAAUCGAGAUUUUUUUCUGGCAUACUAACUGUAUAUGUCAGCUGUAAGUACUUUCCUUAAUAUACGCGCGAGCUACUAAAAGAGUGCCUCCUCGGGAUCUCACCUUCAGGGCGGAAUUCGUUAUUCACCGCGUUUCCCAGCGGUAGUAGUCACGCAAAAUAUAAAGAUCGCGUAAAAUAUAAAGAUUUCCUUGAGGCUAUCAACGGUUGUUAUUGCAUCCAGAAAAGGUCGCAGUGAUCACCUUCGCCCGCAAUUUCGCAUUAUCGUCUUAGAUGAACGCGAUUUCUGGUAUUGGGGGAUUUGUUCAGUUGUUUACCAUAUGAGAAACCUCGUGCUAUUAGGGGAAAUUGGAUACAAUGGUUAUGCAAAUUUAUGGGGAGGUAAAAAAGGUGUUUUAUGGGCAAUAUGAAAAGGCGAAUAUUUUUUGAUAAAAAAUACGACUAAAACAAAUCUGCGGUUACACUAGACAAUUUUUCUAGGUCAUGUUAUGUUAAGUUUACUAAGGGAAAGUUGCGUUAUACUGCCGUGCGAGCGAUUUGACUAGCGAAAAGUUUGCCAAAGUAACUUUUGCACCAAGAAAACGGCUGCGUUAGAGACUAUUCUCUUAGUUAAAUGGUUACAUUUAAUUUGCAACAAUGUUCGCUCUUUGCAGGUCUUUAACGCGAACGAUGGGAGGAACGAUACAGUAAAACACAGUCUAGUCGGUAUAGUUAGAGCGAGGUUCUUCCGCUUUCAGCCAACAGAGUUUUCAACUGAAAAAGCUUUGAGAGUAGAAGUGUAUGGAAUACUCACAACGACAGGUAAAUUGUGUAAAGAUUCCUGUUUAAUGUCUGUUCCCGUUUUAUAUACUCUUAGUUUAAUUUCGGUAUUCAUAAACCAGAAGAAUCAUAAACGCAUUUUCUAACGUUAUUUACUCUUCUAGUUUGUCCUUAUAUCAUAAGGUGAAAUGUCAUCGUCUUUUUUCCUAACCCACAAUCGUUACAAGUCGCCCAUUUGUAAGAGAAACGAACCUUGUACAUUUUGGGGCGUUAUCGUCUCGAAUAGACCACGAAAAGUCCGUCUUUUUCUUUUUUUUUUUUUUCCUCCUAGGGGUACCUCACAAGCGUUUACACCGAAUUCCUGGAGUGUUUCCUCAUCGCUCUAAAAGUUAACUGUUCGGUUGCGCUAAGGGGCAGUUAAGACCUCCCGACUUUUUUAGGGGUUGUCAUUUCGCGUAUCCCGAAAACACCAGCCUACGUAGAAAGCUUCACAAAAACUUAAGAUUACCUUAUCGGUUUUUUUUUUUCGAUAGCCGAAAGUAUUAAGGUUCGUUUUGAAGUUUGUUCCAAAACCUUACAUAAAGCAAGAAGGGUUGUAUCAAAACAAGGUCAACUCCAGCCUCGUUUCUACUUGUAACAGUGUAAAAUGGGCUAUUUACAAUAAAAGGUAGAUUUCACUAUUCGGAUACUUACGUUUCUUCUAGCGCCAAGCCGUGCUCCCACCAGCUUUACGGUGACCUCUUCCUCCUCCACGAGUGUUCAAGCAUCCUGGCAGUUACCAACAGCAGACUUCCAGAUGAUUACAGGGUUCAGGCUUCUGUAUAGAAACUCUAGCUCUGUCGAAGAUCCACUCACCGUUAUAACGAUUAAAAGCAACUCUAUCCUUAGCUAUGAAGUCACUGGACUUGGGAUAUUCACAAAAUAUGAAUUUCAAGUAUUAGCUUUUUCAAUUAUGGGUGAUGGACCAACAAGUGCCGUUAAAACUGUGAGAACUAACGCGGGAGGUAAGUUUUCACUGUGGAGCUAUUUCUAAGUGCUAGGCUAAGCCUCUAUUUUGAGGAUAGCGACGAUAACCAAUUCAUCUUGCUCUUUCUCAGGGAUUGACUCGCCAAUGCGAGUGUGAAGGCGCCUCGGACGAUUGGCAAUCGUUGAUUACUCCCCCGAUUACGUCUUCAAUCCUGCCUUCUUUUUUUUAUUUAUCUCCAUAUCUGUUUUGUCAUUUUAUUUAUAUCACUGUUGGGGAACGAAGGUGGAAGCUGAGUCUUGACUUUUUAGGGACUAUUGUUAGUUUUAAUUUGAUAUUAUUCUUAAGAUGCAGUUAUAUUGAAAUAACAUUUAUAUUUAAGUAAUAUAUUUUACAAUUGAUCCAUAGUGCGCGUUGGAUAUGAGUUGGCUAUAAUCAUCUCAUAUCCAACAAGCGCGAGUGGAAUAAUUGUAUAAACACCAAGGAAAUAGCAGGUGAGCUUUCGCGCGAAAACAUGAUGGGUCGGUUAUUUAAAGGAGAAGUGCUUUUUUAGUCUACAGUAUAUGCUCUAAUGAAAUUGUUCACGAAAAAUGGUGUUUAAAUAAAAGCGUUGGGCAGCUGAAAAUGGCUUAGAACGCCGUUUUGUCAGACACUGGUUAAACGCCGUUUAAAUAAGCGGGCCGAUAUCGUCACAUGCGAAAAGCUAUGGCUACAUAAUAAAUCGCGCCUUUUACAGCAAAACAACUAUGUAGGUUAUCCUAUUGUUGGUAUUUAAUUUUUGUUUAUUUAAUAUGAUGAUGAUGUAUUUAUGUGUAUAAGCGUUUAAGUGGACUUGUUGAGCAUGAUAUGAACUUCAUAAGACAGCAAGAACAACAUGAUUAUAAUUCCAGAACUAAGCUGAAUCUCAGGCUUCCAAGUGUCAAGAGCAAUUGGGGCAAACAACGGACUGCAUUUCAUGCCAUCAAGGAUUUUAACUGCCUUAGCCGGGCAAUUAGACAAUCCGUGAAUCUGAAUAUUUUUAAACGUAAUCUUUUUAAAAUUAUUAAUUUAAACGAAUUUCAUGCCAUCGAGGGUUUUGACUCCCUUAGCCAGGCAAUCAGACAAUCCGUGAAUCUGAAUAUUUUUAAACGUAUUCUUUUUAAAUUUGUAAUUUGAAUGAAUUUGAGCUAAAAUCUUGUACAUAUUAAUAGUUCUGCGGAAGUGUGUAUUUUUUUUUUUUUUAUUUUAUGAGAUCCUUUUUGAAAACCAUAUUUUAUAUAAAAAAGUCAUCUCAAUAAAGAUUAUUAUUAUUAAUAUUAAUAUUAUUAUUAUUAUUAUUAUUAUUAUUAUUAUUAUUAUUAUAAAUGAAUAGAUCAUAACAUGGUCGCUUGGAGAUACGAAAUUUCUUAACCUGAGAAAACAGCCGACUUUUCGCGACGCCACCAACGGUUUCCCCACGAAUUGACGUGUGAGAAACGAGCGCAGAAAUUCCAUACUGAUGACGUGUCACUAGCCAGAUCUGGGUAGUGCUUCUGAUUGGUCCUGCCGCUCGUGAAAUGUGGUUCAACCAAUCAGAGGCACUACCCUGAUUCUUCGUGAAAUGUCGGCUGUUUUCUCAGGCGAGAAAUUGCUUUUCUCGUAUUUAAAAAUAUUUUUCCGAGCGAAGAGAUUUUAUAAUCUCGUCUCGCGCGCGCUUUGCGCAACACGUGAACCGUGCGUGGUCUUAGCCAGCUGCAAAAUUGGAUGCCCCAUCUUUUAUUCUUUCUUUCUUUCUUUCUUUGAAUAUAUCGCUUGGUGUCCGCCAAUGACGUCAUGGAGCAUUUUCUGUUUCCAGGCAACAUAGACUUUGCCGCCGAUGACCAGGCCGCACUUUGAUGGUUUAUUCAUGAAGGGUUGAUGUGUUAAUUCAUCGUCUAUGACACAAUGUUUACGAUCGGUGAAUCACGAGCAAUUUCCCAUGCAAAUGACACAGAACACCAAGCACAACAAGUGGCUGCAAAUCUUCGCGGGGAAGAUUUUCCACCGAACCUCCUCUGGAGCGAGAACGCCGACUUUAAGUUCAGCGUCAGUAACGAAGGAAAAGACUUCAACGAGAAACCGCAGAGCAGAGGAGCAGAGAAAACAUCCCUUAGCACAGCGAAGGCAACGCCGACAACAAGAGACAGGAACAGAGGAACACUUUUUUCUUUCUUUUCAGUGCUGCUGAUAACUAUUGGCCAGAUUUACAUCGACUUCUAAAAGAGCCAAACAAUGCAGUACCCUCGAUCUGUUCGAAUAAGGGCUGUCAUGAUAAUCCGCACAUCACAGAUGCUUACUUUGUUUCACGAUUAGAUGAAUUUUGUACUUACUGGCUACAUCAUGAAAUGGAUGCCGAAGGGGAAUGGCUUCGCUUUGAGUGACAAGUACGAGGCAGUAUUCUUGCGCAAUAGUGUGCAAGCUAUUCAAUGGCCCAGGUCUCUGCAACUUCGAAAAGACAGCAUCCCAGGGUUGGAAGCUGGAAUAAAUUUUACGCCUCUACGAACAACAUCCAAGUUACUACCCAGCCCCCGGUUGUUCAAACGUUGGAUAGCGCUAUCCACCGGAUAAAUCACUAUCCACCGGAUGAGUAUUAGGGAAACCAAUUGCGCUAUCCAUUGGAUAGAUUUUUAUCCUGUGGAUAGCGCUAUCCAACGUUUGAACAACCGCGGCCAGAUGUCUAACGACUUCAACUUCAGAUACACGCAGGACAGGAAGCACAAGCAACCGUAAUAGCGUAUGCUGAUUGGCUGGUAACAACUAUAAAUGAUGCAAUUCCGCAGAACAACUGGACCGUUCCCUCACCAAAUCCAUCAACAAUAUCGAUUGAAAAUGCAGAGAAUUUAGACACAGACCACAAAACCCUUGUUAAUUCAGUGGAGCGCAAUACAAAGUGUAGCACAGCAUACUGCAUUAGGAUUAAACCCGGGCAGCAGCCAACAUCCCGGUUUAAUUUUCCAAAGGAUUGCCAGAAUGAAACUUCUGUUGACUUUAAGCUCUUCAGACCAGCCAGAAGUGAAGAUCGUGAAUUGACUGUAGAGGAAAUCAGCCAGGCUAGAGUCAAAGCAACACUUACCACAAAGCAAAAUGAUGAAAGAAUCAACUCCCACAACCAUGUUAUGCUACAACACUGGAGAGCCAAUGUUGAUCUUCAAGUCGUCUUUGACACUGACUAGUGUAUCCGCUACAUGGCAAAGUAUGCAACAAAAAGUGAACCUCGAUCACAGUCAGCAUCUGAAAUUCUCAGUUUGUAUGUUAACAAGCCCAGUAAUACAGACAUGGCUACAUCUGCACUGCGAAGAACAAUGAUUCGGGUAAUUGCUGGAGAACGUGACCUAGGACGUUAAGAAACUGCACAUUUGCUUCAUGGAAAACCCUUGUAUUCUUCCACUUACUCCUUUCUCUGCGUGUCAAGUUAUAAUGGAGAUGAACAUGAAGAUGACUACCGUGAUGAUGACGUUGAUGAAGUUCCACAACGUGAAGAGGAACCUGAGGAGUGGAUGCUACUAUGUGGCCUCAAUCAACGCUAUUAUGAUACAAUCUCACGAGGAAGUCAAUCACAUGAAAACUUGCAGUUUUAUUGGACAGAAACCGCCAGAGCAAUGCCACCUCAUCUACUUCGUGAAUCUUCCAGCUGGAUCACAAAACGAAGAAACGAUACUCUACAGAACCCACCUCUUGGAGAUAAGCCUGUCUAUGCUUUCCCGUCCCAGUCCAGUUCUUUACUCGCACAGCAUGGGCAUUCCAUUUAUGGUACGGUCUUUUUGAAACAGUUGUUAUGCUAUCGGAAAAUAUUCGACAGGCUGGAAACAAUCCUGAGGCAGAACAGUUUCGAGCAAUUCUCAUUCGCUUACGAGAUGGUGAAACCAAUCAAGAUGAAUGGAUGACACUGUCAGAGGACACAACAGCACGUAAACAUGAGUGACGUCACAGAUGCACCGCGAUUAUAUUUUGACAAGCUCAGUGUGGCAAAGUACAACUUUGAGAAACUCAAAAACCAUGGAUCACCAGUAGCUCGUAUAUCUGCUCUUUAUUCAGGUAGAAAUGCAAAGAACGCCACAGCAGAUGAUGCUAGUGGCCUCGGUUAUGCUUACAUGCAACCUUCUGCGAUACACAUAUUUCUAGUUAAUAUUAUUCAGCCGUCGAAAGGAGAUUUCGCAUCAUCGCGGGACUAUGUCCUCUGUAAUAUCCUCUAUAUAUCAAUAUAUUUCUCUAUUAAUAUAAUAAUGUAUCAUUUAUAUAUCCUUUACCAUUAGCAAAAUACUUAAUCAAUUGACUUAAUAGGACAAUUGCACGAUGACGUCAUUUUACCCCAAUUACCAAAAUCCUUGAGUUUGUUGUUUUCUUCUGCAAGUUAAGGCUAUUGCAGUUUUCUUUAAAUCUCUAGAGGAUUCACAAAUUUAAACAAGAAUGCAAAAACGAAAUGUCUUCUGGAAGUUGUAGUCAAAUUUCGUCAUCGUAAAAAUGACCUUUUGACAACUCAUUUUCAGCUCCUUCACAAGCCCCUACGAACCUGGGUUUGACUGUCAACAACUCGACUAGUAUUUCAGCGAGCUGGCAGCUACCCCGCGGGAUAUCCCGAAAUGGACUUAUUGCGGGAUUUACACUGUACUACCGGAAAAAAGGCGCCUCUGGUCAAGCGAACACUGUCUCUAUUGACGAUGGAUCUUUUCUCUCUAAGACGAUCACGGGGAUGAAGAAAUACACAGAAUACGAUAUUCAAGUGUCUGCAUUCACCUACGCUGGGGAAGGACCGAAAAGCUCUGUUGUGACGGAAAGAACAAGUGAAGACGGUAAGACAUGUCUAGUAAAUGUAGGAAUGGAAACACGUACAUGUACGAUGCUUAGGCUAAGAAUUCCUUAGUAGCCUGAGAAAACAGCCGACAUUUGCGACGCCAUGACUGGGUUCCCCGCGAAAUGCUGUCUAAGAAACUAGGGCAGAAAUUCCAUAAUGAUGAAAGGGCUUCUGAUUGGUUAAAAAUGUGCUUUAAUCAAUCAGAAACACUACCAAGAUCUGGAUACGGUCGGGUCAUGAGUAUAAAAUUUCGUUACUCGGGCGUCAUUUCGAGGAGAAACUAGCGGUGGUUUCGUCAAAUGUCGGGUUAAAACAUCAAUAAAUAGCGACCUUUACAUUUUUAUGGCGUUCCGUUGCGGACAAAAUUAUACCGAUAGUAAAAACAUAUUGAAAACAUAGUACUUAAGUCAAAACUUGUAAAAUACAUGGAAUGCAAUAAAAAAUAUGAGUCGAGAUUUGCAAAAUAUAUGUUCACGAACAAAAAAAAAACACAAGUGGAAAUUCUGAAAUUUGAGUCGAAAAAAAUGCGAGUCGAGUUGAAAAAAAAAAUACUCGAGUCGAGAAAGAGAGAACGCUGACCAGUUCUGUUGUCUAUCGAUGUCUUCACUUCACCGAUACGAGGCUUCGAUCCAAAGUAGUGGUUUGUUGGCUACCAAAUUUUGCAGAUUUUUUCUUCUCCUUUAGUAGACUUAUCGAGGACUCAGAAAGGCAGCUUAGUUCAGCUUCAUUAAAAUGACAGAUCAGAAUUCUUAUUUCUGUGCCUUGACGAGUACGAAAGGACACUUGCAACUCUGUCGUCAAGAUAUUGUGAGACUUACGGUUGUUUAGAAAUAGGGAAGUUCACCCUUUCUACGUUAAAUCGGACUGGAACCUACCGGUUCAACCAUUAGAAGCCCUCGAGAGAGGUUAUAAUUAAAUCUCAACUAGCAGAGAUACAAACAACAAAGCCAAAACAUAACCUGUCACGCAAGGACCGACAAGCGUUAAAAAGAAUUAAAGCAAAACACUGACGUGGGGCAUCGACAUCAAGCGGACAAGGGAACUAGUAGACACGAACAAAACUGACAAAAUAAGAGAAGGUCAAAUACAAAUCGACGACGAACAUAACUACAAACCUAUCGUUGAACCAAUGUUGAAAGAAACGCACAGCAAGGUCAAGCGCCUAAUUAAUUACGGAUCUACACCGUGAAAAACAUAAUGAUGAAGUGACGAGAAAAUGGCAAAUGUCAAGCACCCAAUCAACCUAGAAUACCUGAGUUCUACACUCUAACAAAAAUUUACAAACCAACCAUAACAGUAAGUCCAAUAAUCUUCGGGUGUGAUUGUCCAACAGAAAGGGGGUAACAGGCCGGACAUCUAUACCGUUAUGAGACCGUGUGUUAACAAAAGAGGAAAUUCCCUUGAUUCCUUUGUCCGCUUGGGCACGGUAACUCGAAUUCUGAAGUUAAGGAAAAACAGUUCGAGUAAGCGGGGGUUCGAGUUAUUGCUUCAGUGUAUACUGUCUGACACUGCGAUUGCAGUUGAACAGUUCAUCAGAAACGGUAACAUGAUUAUGCUUUUUUUAUCAAAAAAGUGAUCUGUUCGUUGCAACAAUUAAUAUUAAAUUGCUGUAGUGUUGGUUUUAGUGUUUUUUACCGAUUCUACAACAAGAGGAAGCUAAGAGGAACCAAUGAAAUGACAUCCGAGUGAAAUUACAAGAACCUGAAUUCCGCGCGAAACGGCCCCAGCGACCAAGAGCGAGGAGAAACGGAUGUUUUCGCAGGUUAUUCGUAUCGGUGAAGUGAAGACAUCGAUAGACAACACAACUGGUCAGCGUUCUCUCUUUCUCGACUCGAAUUUUUUUUUUCAACUCGACUCGCGCUUUAUUUUUCGACUCAAAUUUCAGAAUCUCGACUCGUGUUUUUUUUUCGUUCGUGAACAUAUAUUUUGCAAAUCUCGACUCAUAUUUUUUAUUGCAUUCGAUGUAUUUUACAAGUUUCGACUUACGUAUUAUGUUUUCAACAUGUUUUUACUAUCGGUAUAAUUUUGCCCGCAACGGAACGCCAUACAUUUGACUACGGGUGCAGGAUCGAGUGCGUCUACGGCUUUGGAAUUUCGAGCGAGUUGUGUCCACAAAGUUCUCAAUAUUUCCUCCUGCUAACCAGGACAUAGAGCUUCGUAAGAUGAAGGGAACAUUUGGAUGGUUUUGUGACAUGAUUUAAUCUCGACAUGGUUUGAGAACUCGCACUGACUCUCAAUCUCCUACUUGGUCCAACUCCAGGUUUUGUCCACUAGAUAUCUAGUCGAGAGUGUUGGGUAUGUGUGUGUUGUAACGGUUGGGAAGAUGGAGAUACCUUUUUUUAAGUUUUGAUGUUAUGCCUGCGAAAGUCACCAAAGGAAUAUUAUGAUUAGUCCUCCCUGGUGAGAUUUUCUUCAUAUCUGCUUCAUAUCUCUGACGGAACGCCGACAUCUGAGCUCCUUUCAAUAAUUACACAGGCAAGUACUUUCACUGCAGGAAUUCUUUUUGUAGAAAAAGGAGUAUUGUAAGCAUCUUUGCCCCCAAGAGAACUUUCCGUAAUAUAGAGGUAUCCUUUUCUUGUCGUUUAUAAAUAUUAUUACGACUUUUUUGUUCAGAUUUUUGAAUGUUUCUUUUUCUUGUUAGCACCCAGCUUUGGUCCAGAUAAUUUCGUCACUACUGAACUGAAUGAAACAACAUUCAACAUUUCUUGGGCUCCUCUACCAAAGGAGAAGAGCAAUGGGAUAGUCGUUCUCUAUGAAGCAUAUGUGGAGCUGGUAGCCACGAGAGGACGCUCACGGCAAACAGUUGCAAACAGUAAAGGAAUCAAUACAACAAAAACCUUUGCUGUUUUGUAUGAUUUCCUCACUUGUUCCCAGUACAGUUUUUCCGUUCGGGCUUUUACUGUCGUCGGACCUGGGCCCUAUGGUCUUGUCACACAGCUAAAGAUAUCAAGUAAGUAGUCUGAAUUGGCAUUUCCGAGUUCCAAAAUCUCUCACUUUCAAGGUGGCAAGGUGUAAAACAUUUCUUGUGAAAAUAAGUUUUCUUUACAUACGGAAAAAAAUCAUUUUUGUAUCAAUGGCUUCGCACUAAGCCUUGCCGCUUUGAAACAGAGGCUGGUGGUAACUCUGAAAUAGCUAAUUUUCGACAACUGGAACUACUUUUCCCACGAUGCAAGGAGAGGUUGGGAGCAUCGAAUCGAGAAUUUGAACUUGAAAUUUCAAUCUAGAUGACGUAUACACCCACAGGCGGCCCAAGCUCGAUGCAUAGAUUACCGCGAGUUUCCAUACUGUGUUAUUUUUUUUUUUCAUAUUACGAACUAUUUAAAGAAUUUGUGUGUGAAAUUCAAUAUGAUUUAUGCACCGAGCUUGGGCUGCCUGUGAUACAACCAAUCUUGUAUUCAUUUAUCGUCUUUAAUAAGGGAUGCCGUGUUCUUGAUCUCGUCCACACGCCACACAACAUAAUCAUCGACCCGCCUCCUUCCCUACUACCGCCUCCUCCUUUUAGUAGUUGUGCAGCUUUGUAGCGGUUUGAUUGUCCUUACCGUCUUAAGAAAUACAUAUUUCAUGGAAGCCUGUUUUGACAUUUAUAUCAAGUAUUCGGACCCUGAUAAACAAGCAAUGUUUCAGCAUAAAAUGGCUAUGAGAAAUUUACAUAUUCCACAAAGCCAGUUUCGCCACCGUGGACUUUUGCCUUUACUAACAGAAAGAUAAUAAGUUUUUUACUCUAUUGAAGUAAUUAAAGCGUAUAAAAUUUGUUCCCACUUUGUUGCUACUGGAAGAAAGUUUAAAGUGCCAUGAAGUAGAGCCAUUUUUAUUAGAAACUGGGAGCUCUUUUUGCAAAAAGAGAUAGAAACAAUAAUAAAAUAUGAUAAUAAUAAAAUGCGUUUACAGCUGUCAACUUAUACCAUUGUUUGGGCCUCAGCCUUUUUUAAUAUAAAGUAUUUGAAUAGAUCUAGAGUUUCAAUGCAAUUCAAGAUAGCGACCAAGAUGUUUACCCUCCCAUCCCUGACCCCUCUCUCCAGCUCAAGUGGUGGCUUACAAUGUGGCUUGCAUGCAACGCAAGUUCAUCCAUUUCAGCUAUUUGUAAUUUGCCUCAAUUUAUUGCCCGUAUGUGUCCUCUCCAGGGCAAACCGCACCCAGUUUAUUAAAGGCAGUAAUGUCUGAAGAAACGAAAGUGACACUGGAAUGGACACCACCAACAAAUGUUCCAGUGGAGGGCCUUAAAUAUAAGGUGAGAGGUAGUUAAAGGGAACUAACUUCAAGUCGAACAGAAUACGUUAAACAAGGUAGCUGACGAUCUCUAUCUACUUUGUAUCUUUAUAGUGGAGCUCUUACGCGCGUGUAGCCCGCGCAGUGGAGCACCAUCGGCGGGGAAAAUGGUAAACUUUAUACAAUGUGAUAAAUAUUACGAGGGCUGUGAUUGGUCGCUUCUCAUAAUCUGUUGGAGAACAGACACAUGAAUGACGUCACGGGGAACUUGUUUCUUUGUUUUGUCCAGCAUGGCGCGCGUGUUUGAAAAUGUUUGCGAGAUUAUUUCAGAUUAAGCAAUUGGAAGCCACGAAAAAAUUUUGGGAAGAGUUGUUUGCAAGUACGAAAAACGUAGCAAAAAGAGACAAAUAGAGUUCUUGUCGACUUGAAAAUGCCUAAACUGGAAUCUGGACAGUGCGGCAACAAGAUGGCCGCUAGCAUUUUAACUCCGUGGAGUCACGAAAUUUCCAAUGUAUCCACUUAAUUAGAAAUCUUUUAUAUUUUUCCAUCUACUAGGGCAAUGUAUUAAUUCUACUAUUUUUACCCUUUUUCUCUUAAGUUAUUUCUUGAUUAAUGAAUUAUCUGCUUCUAUAACUUGACUGUAAAACCUUUAGAGAGUAACUACUAAACUGGAAGAAUUCUUCCAACAACAGUUACCAUCGUGUGUCAUCACUACGAGGGACUCGCAGUUUUGAAAACGUUUUCGUGAUUAUUCUGUUUUGAGGAAAUGAAGGCCUUUAAGACCUUUGGUAAGAACUGUAAAGAACCUCGGUAUACUAUAAUUUAAUGAUAUCCAUUUGCUUCAACUGGGCCAAUUUAUGUAUUCUUGCAAAAAUUCAUUCUUACCUCCAGGGUUUAAUAACAAUUUCUCUCAAAGCAAUCAAUUCCACUCUUGCAGUACAUGAAAUUCCCAGGCCUACCGUCUACCGUAUUGUCGUACAAACACUAAGGGCCUAAGUUUUUUAAUUCACUUGACAACGAGGUCAUCAACUCUCAAUCCCUUUCCUCUUUUAAGAAAACACUGAAGAUUAAAUUAUUGAGUAGGUAUGAAAACAGUUCAUAAAUCUUUCCAUCUUCGACUUCUCGCCAUCUUUUCUUCAAUUGAUGUGAAACAGCUCUAGCCCGUAGUUCGAGGAGGCCUAACCUCUUAUAGUUUCUGUUAGGUCUCCUCGCCACUUCUUUUUUCUUCUUUUUCUUUUUGUGUUGAAUGCGUUUUGAGAUAGGAAAAGUGGAUUAUUUUGCACAAUGAAAGAUUCCAUUCUGGAGAAGACUAAAUUUGCGAAGAUCCUAUUAAACGGUUAGACAGCAAAGAAAUAGGCCUAUAGUUUACGUCAGUGUUAUCAUCGGCUUUUAUUUAGUUUAGUGGGAUACACUCCAGUGGAGGUAGAUAGGUUUAUUAUUUCCUCGAGUCAGCGUACUGCUCAUAACAUUCUACGAGUACUAUAACAAUUGUGUAGUUCUACUUCAGCUGAGGUAACUUCAUGUAGGUUGAAAGCAAACGAAAUUUCAGGUGAGUUACAUUUGUUCAGAACAUGAAAAUGAUUUCGUUGAACGGUUGGUAACUCAUUUUGGCUAGUUUAUGUCCUACAGAAGCGAAAUUUUCAUUGAAAACAUUAGCUAUUCUACUUGGGUCACUGGUGACAGAAUUGUUGUCAUUAGUGUCUUAAAUUAAACGGAAGUACUUGGUUUUUUCUUCUUCAUUUUACUGGCGGGUACAUUAUUUAUUUCUUUCCAUGUUUUUUUUUUUCUUACAUAAAUCAAAUUAUCGUCAAAGAAAUUAGAAUAGUAUUGCUGUUCACUGAAAUGCGUUAAGGUACAAAUUUCGUUUCUGUAUAACUUAUUUUAAACUUCAGUGGAGACUCUUACACCUUUAGUAAUCCAUGGUUUAGAGAGCUGUUUUGCCUCACGAUUUGAGAUUGUUUUCGUAGGUGCAUGUUUAUUUGUCAGCUCAUCAAACUUGCAAUAAAAGGAAGAGUAGAAAUUAUUCACUCCAUACGAUUUACCAGGAAAGGGAGCAUUCUAUUUCACAUUAGGAAAAACAGCGUUAAACUAGAGAAUCGAGAAAAACCCGCACUUUAGUUGUCUUGACCUUAGUUGUAUCCCUCGUGGAUACAGAAUUGCGUAAAAUGAGCACUUUUGUCAGAGAUUGUAUUCUCCCUGGCCACAACUUGAAUAGGAUUAAUGAAUGAAGAUGUUGUCAGUGAGGGUAGCCGACGGAGGUAGAGCGGACAAUCGAGUAUUGGAUUCUCGAUAGUAGGAAUGAGAGAAUAACUUUGAAGUUUGCGUUUUCAAGGGUGAAUAUUGAAAUCACCCAUGGUUACGAUACAUUUCCCUACGUUUUUCAAUUGUCUCACCGAAAUAUGAUUGAAAGACUUCCGGUGAGUUAUGUUGUCUAAAAAGAUUCCCCCCUUUUCAGCAGCUCUUUGCCUCGGCUUAAUUCACAACAUAUCCAAUCUUCUCCUCCGCCACUUCCUCCUUAUUGCCAGACACUACAUGUAUAGUUGCAAACUACGAAAUACCAUUCCUAUGGUACAAGUGUACACUCAGUUAGUCAUACGCUCCAUGGAAAUUGAGAACCAGAUUGCCUUUGAUAAUAAUAACUUAGCCUUCUUUAGGGAGAAAUGGGCUACCUUUAAACACUCCCUUAGGAAGAAAUGGGCUACCUUUAAACAAUGCCCGUCAGAAAAAUAAUUUGAUCUAUACAGUUAGUUAAAGUGCAAGUGACAAACGGGCAGAUGGGGGAGGAGGACCAAAAGACAGGAAGCCUUCUGUUAAUUGUUAAUUUAUAAACUAUAGUAUUUUCGUGGACUUUGUCUUUCUUUUUAUUUCACUUUUUUUUUCCUUCAGUAAAUGAUAACAGUUACCUGUUUCAAUGUAAGGUAGAAUUUAGUAACCCGAUAAUUAGAAUUUAUUGUAAUGAAUUGUAAAUGUGAUUUGUAUUGUAAUUGUUUGUGUGUCCGAAAAAAAAAAGAAAAGGCAAGAAAAGAAAAUAUUCCACAAAUAACAUUUUUCUUAUUCAGAAACGAAAACUCAGCCCACAUAAUUAGUGACUGAGUGAGCCAUACUGAUCUAUGGUAUAUUGAACCUAGUGAAUGGCUUAGUAUAGAUUGUAAAAGGAGCUCCGCUUUUAGGCUUGGCUAAAUCUGUGUAUUAUCCUAAGAGCCUAAUUGCAAUUUCUUUCUGUUAUUAUUAUUAUUAUUAUUAUUAUUAUUAUUAUUAUUAUUAUUAUAUUUUUUAAGGUGAAAUACACUGGACGAAAGGAUUACAACACAUCGUUUUUUGAUACUGGUGAACGAGACGCAGCUGAAGGGACAAGUUUCGUAGUGGGAAAUUUAGUACCUGGAACGCUGUAUAACUUUAAAGUUAAUGGUAUAUCAGUUUGUGGGGAAGGCCAACCCAACACCGUUGACGCAACCACGAAAAUGGUCGGUAAGCAACUCCAGCCUCAGUUCAAUAAAUCUAAGGUGUUUCGAUACAGUUUUUUGGAGAUCAUACCAACAUUUUCAGUUGCCUUAAAAUGAUUUUAUCCUUGUCUGGUCUCUAUGAAAUUUUCAUCACUGACUGACUUUGGAUUGAAGUUUGUCAAAAUGUUGUUUUAAGUAAAAUCGAGAUCAUUAUGAAAACAACAAACAAAAAACUUUGAAUAGAUAAAAGCCGAAUUUUGCGCGAUCUAGAACUGCUACUGAAAAGCCGACACCAGGAACUUAAAGUGUGACAAUAAGCAAUUAACCUCCGUUUAAAGUAAAAAAAUUAAGUGUGUUUCAAUUAAAAUAAAACGUAAAUAUAUUUCAAACUUUAUAUUUCCAAUAGCCGUGAGAAAUUGUUUAAUUAAAAAGUUCUGAAUAGCGUGUAGCGUCAAAUUAAUCUACCCGGAAAUUCUGGUAGAUUUUCUUUGUGGCGAUCCUGAAAACUAACUUGUUAUCUCACCACCUGUGUAAGUGCAACUUUAUUCUAAAUAUUGUCUUUUAGUGCUUCUUUCUUGGUAUAAUCUCCGAAAAACUGUAUCGAAAACCUUACAUUUCCAUCUUAUGAAAAGGUCAGUUAGACUGUCAACAAUUUGUCUAUGAAUAUUUAACAGUCAAUAACCAAACGUCUACUAAUUAUUGGAAUUAUUCAAACCAUAAUUAAGCUUUGAGAAAGAAGAAAAUUUCCGAGUGUUCAACGGGAUACAAACCUGUGGCUUUCAGCGUACCGGCUGAGUGGAUCAUCCCUUGUUAAACAAGUCCAUUUUCUAGGUUUAGAUGUGACACCGAGUCAAGAUUCAUGGUACUAAGUCAGUGCCAUGCACAUGCAUCUUGAAUACUGCUAGGGUCAGCAAUGGCGAAUGGCUUAAAUUGUCAUGUCACUUAACUGGCAAGGCAGCCGGAAAUGAUAGUAUAUCUAAUGAGAUGAUCAAAUCAAGCGUGUCCAUCAUUGGGCUUGUAUUGUUUUUAAUAAAGUUUUGAAUUCCGGCAUAUUUCCCCCAGUUGUGGUCGGUGGGUUAUAUUUCACCCGUCUUUAAAGCGGGUGAUAUAGGCGACCCUAAUAACUAUCGCGGAAUUACUGUAUGUAGUUGUCUAGGUAAAUUCUUUACCCUAAUUAUUACGGAACGUCUUACAAAAUAUCUAGACGAACACAAUAUAAUACACAACAACCAAAUUGGCUUCCGAAAAGGCUAUAGGACGUCUGACCACGUUUUUGUUCUGAAGUCUCUAAUUGAUCUUUAUACGAAAAAUGAUAAAAAGGUAUGCGCCUGCCUUGUCGACUUUCAAAAGGCCUAUGACACAAUAUGGAUAAACGGCCUUUUCUAUAAGUUAAUGAAAUAUGGAUAAUCUCAGAAAAGCAUGUAUGACAGAGUUGUUUCAGCGGUAAAAAUAGAAAAGCCGUCUAACGGCGUCGUUUACUCCUUUAGGGACCAGUCAUAAUUUAAGUUGGAGGGGGGUGGAGGAGAAAUUGGGGGGCCUUCAAUUUUUUUUGGAUGGAAUAUGGGGGGCCUUAAAAUGCCAAAAGAUGACCUUGGGGGGUCUUCAAGUUUCUUUUAAGUAUCUUCCCUACUGAGCAGCAUGAUGUUUGAGUAUUAAAGGACCUGAUUUUGAUUCAGUUUUACACAAAGUCCUAUAUUGUGUAAUACUAAAACAAUUUAAUCAGCAUUUUUACAAAAAGAUUUAAUGCUCAAAUAGUAGGUGCAUCAACACAACGUCCAUUAUUGUGUAACACUGAAACAAUUUCAUCGGCAUUUUAACAAAUGAUUACAUGCAUAAAGUCAUGUUAUGCAAUGUCACUAUCCGAAUCAAUUAUUUGUAGAUGAGGUUGAUGCGGACUCACAGUCUGUGUCACCGUCAAGUUUUUCGCUAUUAGAGCAUGUACUGCUCAUAUAAAAAGCAGUAAGCUUUGACUGAUUAUCUUGUCAAUGUCUUAUCUCAAUUAUAACACAAUCACUGAUAUAUCCUUACUCUAUAAGCUGUUUGAGAGGCUCUAGGUGAAAUCUCUUUCUCAGUUUAGUGUGAAGUGCUUUUCUGUUGUUAGUUGGCACAUUCGGAAGUGACAGUGAGUAAGAACGGUAAAGUAAAGAAAAUGUUAUUUGUUAUUACCAUUUGGGUAUUAUGUAUAAGAAAGGGGGGCCCUUAAAUCUUUUAAAAUGAUUGAAGGGGGGUACCUAAAAAACAUGGGUGCUAUUAGUGGGGGUCUGGAAAAAAAUUGGAAUAAAAAAAAAUUUCUCCUCCAUCCCCCCCCUCCAACUUAAAUUAUGAUUGGUCCCUUAGUAGGGGUACGACAGGGUUAGAACCUGAGCCCAACAUUAUUUAACAUAUUUGUAAAUCACAUUGUUGAUAUAUUUGAUUCCACUUGUGAUCCCGUGAUAAUGGGAGAAUGCAAAAUCAAUUGUUUACUAUAUGCAGAUGAUCUUAUCCUGCUUUCCGAAUCAGAACAUGGUUUGCAGAGAUGCCUUCAUAAGUUGAGUUGUUACGCUAAGAAAUGGCAAAUGAGAAUAAAUAUAAAGAAGACAAACGCUAUUAUUUUCAAUAAAAGUGGUAAAAUAUUUAGAACUGAAUUCAAGCUAGGAAACCAGCCAAUCCAAGUAACAGAUAGUUACGUCUACCUUGGGAUAACUUUCAGGCCCUCUGAUUCUUUUUCACUGGCCCAGAAAAAGCUACAUAAUAAAGCCACCAGGUCUCUUUAUAGUUUCCUGUCAGAGGUAAAUAUUUACAACGGUGCAUCUGUCUCAACAGUUCUUAAACUUUUUGAUUCUCUUGUGAGCCCAAUCCUUUUGUACAACUGUGAAAUUUGGGGUUAUCUUUUAAAGUCAGUCGGGAAUAACUAUGACAAAUUUGUCUCGAGAAUUUUUGAUGAACGAAUAACACCCGAGAACAUGCAUAACAAGGUAUGCAAAAUGGCCUUAGGAGUUCACUCUAAAGCAAGUAACCAUGCUGUGAAGGGAGAACUCGGACGUUUUCCUCUUCAUCUUAUUAUUUACACUAGAAUUUUUAAGUACUUCUUAAGAUUACUUACCCUUACAAAAUAACCAAAUUUUAAAUAGCGCCCUAGAGAUAAACAUCCAUUUAAAUAAUGUAAGUAAGCAUUUAUGGUUCACUACUGUAAGACACCUAUUACACUUUACCAAAUUAAAUGAUUAUACUCCAAAUCUGCCACAUCUUGACUACAGGACAUUUCCUCACCUGGUUAGAAUGUUUAAAAGAAAUUUGUUUAAAGAAUACCAAGAAUAUUGGUCGAAAAGUCUGAACAAGGAUAAAUUCGACUCCUCAACUGGCAAUAAAUUAAGUCUGUAUAGUGAAGUGAAAAACGAAGUCAGAUUUUAAUCUUUUCUUGAUUUAAUAAAGAACGUUAAGACAAGAGUGGAAGUAUCCAAAACGCGAAUCUCUUGCCACUUGGUACCUAUUGAAUCUGGGCACUAGAAGAAGAUACCCAGAGUUGAGAGGCUUUGCCCCCUUUGUAAUAAAUCCGAAAUUGGUGAUGAAUUCCACUAUUUGUUGAAAUGUACCUACUCAUCGCUUUCUCAUAUAAGGGGUUCUUCUUGGAGAGCCUGUACUCGAUAAACAGUAAUUUUAUGAAUAUAUCUUGUAAGGCACAAUUUUUAUAUAUCAUGUCUAUGUGCGAUCAAAACAUCUUAAAUCUCAGUGCCUCUUAUAUUGAAAAUAUUCUAAAUUGUUAUGCAUCCAAACUCUAAUUAAACUUUCUUACCAUACGAUCGCGAGUAGCGUAGAAGCCGUACAUAACCAAGUAAUUUUUUUCUUAAUAUUCAAAUUAUUGUUCCUUUCUUUCUUACUUAACUUUUAUUUACCUUUUUUCAUUUGUUAUUGUUUUGGUACUGAAAUCUUCAUGUCGAAGAUAAAGUCAAUAAAGUUAUUGUUAUUUAUUUAUUUGCUUUUGAUUCUACAUAGCCCCCCUUGCACCGUACGUUAGGGAGAUAACUGACGUAAGUACCUCGGAGUCAAGUGCCAUUAUCCAGUUAUGGCCUGCAGAGCAAAUAAAUGGCCCAGUAAGGUAUGAUCAAAGUCUUGUGCUCUCAUUUUAUGAAAUUUCUCUUGGAGAUCUGAUCAUAAUGCUGAAUUGAGAACGCCCGCGCUCCAAGUAUAAAUUCUACUUCUUGUUGCGUAAAUGGAUCUACCUAUUGGGUCUACAUACAACAAAAACUGACCAGCGGCUAAUGAAAUAAGUGCGUUAUUAAAGGGACUAGUUCACGAUAAUGCGCAUGUGUGAGUUCUGACAGUAGCUGAUUGUUUUUCAACCAAUCGGAAGCGAGUUAGAUGCAUGCAAGUAAAUUUACAAAAUUCAAAUUAAUUGUUGGCGUCGCGAGAGUAUUUCCGGGCAUUUGGUUUGAUUUUAUUUAUCCCCAUAAUUCAAGUUUAUUCUUUGCUACUCCUCAGAUAUAUGUUGCAGCCGAUACGAAUAAGAUUUACAGCCCUGUCCUGCUUUGAAACAAACAUUUACCAACGUGUAUUUUUACGAGGUCGUACCCACGCUAACAAAGCAGUCACCGAUCGGCAAACAAAAUUUGUAAACAAACAUGUUAUUACUGUUCUCUCAGUUCGCCUUAUAUAAAUCCAGAAAUACCUACAAAUAGCACCUGACCGGUGACAAAAACGUACAACGUAUGAGUAUAAAGAUUAUCCUUAAUUGAGCAUAAAUUUCAAAUGCUUAUCAGCAAAUGAACAAAUUCAUUCGCGUUGCAUCGGGUCAGUGCUCCGCAAAACAAAUGUUAUCGAGUAGCACACAUAAAGAAACUAGAUUAUAAACAGAAUACUCAGGCAAUAAUUUAUUGUCAAAACAUCAGUUCUUAAACAUAUACGAUCGUAAAGCAAAGAUACAAGGAACAUUUCAAGUGUACCACAUCGGUGAAGAUCGCGCGGCCUGUUGCGGUAUGACUACAGGCCGGAGUCAAAAAUCAAAUCAAAGUCGAACGAACUCAUGCCUUUAACCACUUUCCAAGUGUCGUGUAUACUUUUCGUAAGCCACACACUACUCCUAGAACCAUACCAGAUCGAUAGACUAAGCUUCGCUAUCUCCAAAGACUCUUGAGAACGUCCUGUUGCCGGACGGCCACGAUGCUCUUCUGAACCUCCAUGAUCAAAACAUUAUUUUUUGCGUCUUCUUAAAACGUAACCAGUCAAACGACACAACCACACGUUAAUCAUCACCACCCAAGUAUAACUAGACCAGCCAAAGCAACGGAUGUCCGAAUAAAACGAAGGAUUUUCAAUUAUUGUACCGGUAACGGCGAUUUCGAAUUUAGUGUUGACCCGACAAAUUUAUUCUGAAGAGACAAACGGCGCGCAUGCGCAUUAUCGUGAACCAGUCCCUUUAACUAAGCGCCGGGGUCCACAAAAACUAGGAGAAUUUCAAUCUGAGGUCUUUUGUACAUAGACCAAUUUUGUACAUAGACCAAAAUUUUGUACAUAGACCAUACUUAGUACGGUCCUGAAAAAGCUUUGCAAACUUUGUAAAUAACAUAUUUAGUACGGUCCUGAAAAAAAACUUUGCAAACUUUAUUAAUAACAUAUUUAACACACGAGUGAGAAAAAAAAAUACAGUCCGGUGGAGACUGACAAAUUAUCCUUCACAGGAUACCUACGGCACUGAAUCCCCAAAUAGUAAUCAGCAUUCCAACAAAUGACACUAAUACCCAUCUGAUAGUUUGAUCCGUGAAUCAAUGGAGCCUCCAAAGUCAAACUUUAUAUUGCCCCAAACUUCAUCCCGUUUCAGCCAGCUUUACGAAAAAUGCUAUCAUAUUUUCCAAACACGCUCUUGACACAGUUCUUUAACCUUUUGAUUUGAUUAUUGUUUUACGUGUUAUAUUACAUUUUUUCAGUGCUUAUCAAGUUAUAGUUCUGAAGGUGGCUGGUGGAAACGAAAAACUUCCACCUGAUUAUGAUUCUAAGCUUAAAGACUCAAAGGGUGCCUCGCAGUCCAACUUACAUUUUUACAUUUGUGCUGAGAUAAGUAACAAUCCAGUACACGAGACGACCUGGAAAUUUACAGUUGGCGAUAAGGGGAACUAUGGAACCUACAAAAAUACAGCCUUACAACGAGGGGAAGAUUAUAUUGUCUUCCAGAGAGCUUUAACUGAUGACAAAGCCGAAAGCGUAAGUCUUAUUUAG